GAGCCCCGUAUUUGAGAGAAGGAAGAAAGAGCUGAGUAAUAAGUAAAGAUUUGUUAGAAUCAGCUUGAAGCAAGAUCUGUUGCAUCGACUGUCAAACUUUUGCCCUGCGACACUGAUCUGUUGACUAAAGAACUCAAGGUUAGAGCUGUUUUCGAGAAAACAAUCAGAGAAAACAAAAAUGCUCACCCGAAAACUUUAUAUGAUUAUUGUUGCCUGUCUUCUGAUGAUCACUACUGAUUGUUUACCUACCGAUCCCUUCUCGAGGCAAGAAAGAGGAUUUCGCAACACUGCUCUGUCAACUGCAAGAGGGUUUGGUAAAAGGACGUUCGAGGAGUUCGCCAAUGAAGGUGGUGACAGCAGGUCGAUUCCUUUGGAGUGGUUUGUAGAUCAACUCAGCAGAAACCCCACACUUGCUAAACUUGUAGCUGAAAAAACUGUGGACCUAAACGGUAAUGGGUUUAUUUCCCAGGAUGAGCUCUACCAAGUCCUUUGAUGAAGACGUGUUUUCGUGCCUGACGUUUUCACGACUGGUGUGUUUUUGCUUAUGAGCCAAAAUAUUUUUUUUUCUUUCAGUCGAAAACAAUAUCAUGUAUAUAUAUCUAACAGGCAGAUUAUAUAUGUUUUACACCCUAUAGGUCACUUCCCGAUGCUAUGUUAUAUUUUGUUUGAAAUAAAUCUCACUGUAAACCAAUGAAAUCAAGCGUUUGAAAUAAAUUUGACUGC